AUGCUCUUCCCCACUGUGUUUGUUAUGCAUCAGGAACGUGAGGAGGCUAAGAAGCGCGCUGAGGCAGAAAAGGAGAGGAAACGGGUUGAAAAGGAAGCUGCAAGGAAGAAGCGUAAGAGCCUUUACUUGGAGAAGAUGGACCCAGUGAGGACCUUGGAAAUGCAGAGAAAAAAACGGAGGGAUCGUGAGAAUUAUAAGCCUUUGAAGCCAGGACAGGAGUACAGCGAUACUGAUACGGAGGAGAUCAUUGAAUGGGCCUUUGCUCGUCGGGACUACCUUAUUAAGAGCAAGGGAAAGGCGGGGUUGAAGGAGGCUAAGGAGUUGGAGAGGCGUGCAUUGCUGCAUUUGGAGUGGAAAGAAAGGAGGGUGGAAAGGAGGGGUAAAAAGGAAAAGAAGACUAGGGGGGCAGGUGAGGAUCGUGUGAGGAAGAAGAAGCCUGCUAAGAAGAGUCGCCCGAGUGGUGGGACGGAUGGUGGCAAGAAACGGAGGUUCCGUCCUGGCACCAAGGCACUGAAGGAAAUACGACAAUUUCAACGUACAACGGAGCUCCUGGUUCCGAAGGCACCAUUUGCCAGAGUGGUUCGUGAAAUACAACUACUAUUCGUCGGAGAGGAAUGGAGAUGGUCACGUGAGGCGCUGAUAGCAUUACAAACCGCCGCUGAAGCUUAUCUCGUGGGACUAUUCGAAGACGCCAUGUUGGUGGCCAUUCAUGCUAAACGGGUUACUCUAAUGGCUAAGGAUAUCCGCUUAGUGCGUCGAAUAAGGGGAGAUGUUUUCGGAUAG